AUGUCCCCUAUCCCGGAGCUCACGCCGGCCGCGAUCGAUUCCAUCCCGGAGCAGAAACACUUUACGGUCGACGGGUUCAAGAUCGCCUUCCCGCUCGUCUUGACUCCAGGCCCAGCUAAAUUCGAGACGCAGACCACAGCCUUCACUCAUACAGAUGCCGUCAUCGACUGGAUCACGCGCAGGCAGGGCCACCUCGUGCAGCUCGCCCAGACCCAUGGCGCCAUCCUUCUGCGGGGGUUCUGCCCGCCCAUCUCGACACCCGUCGACUUUGAUGCCGUCUGCAAGUCCUUUGGGCUCACCAAUUUUCCUUAUGUGGGCGGUGCGGCCCCGCGGACCGUCAUCACGGGCUCCGUGUUCACGGCCAACGAGUCACCUGCGGACCAGCUAAUCCCGUUCCAUCACGAGAUGGCGCAGAGCAAGACGCAUCCGGGCACUUUAUUCUUCUACUGCAUGAAACCGGCCCUGGAGGGCGGUGAGACACCGAUCGUACUGUCGAAUCUGGUUUACGAGCGUAUCAGGGCAGAAUUCCCGACUUUUGUGCAGGAGCUGGAAGAGAAGGGCGUAAGAUACGUGCGGGUGCUGCCCAAGGAGGAUGACCCGUCCAGUGCUAUCGGGAGGGGGUGGAAGUCGACGUUCGCCGUCAAGACCAAGAGGGAUGCGGAGAGUGUGGGCAGAGACAUGGGUAUGGAGGUCGAGUGGUUGGAAGGGGAUUUGCUGAGGACGACAACCGCGGUGGUACCUGCUACGAAGAAGGAUCCGCGCACGGGGAGGAUCUCGUGGUUCAACAGCAUCGUGGCGGCCUUCACAGGAUGGAAGGACAAGCGGAACGAUCCGCAAAAGGCCGUGGUGUUUGGAGACGGCGGCGCUAUGAAUGCGAAUAUCUUGAGCAGGUGUCUUGAAAUCAUGAACGAGCUGGCGGUAUCUUUCGUGUGGGAGCGCGGGGACGUCUUGCUGGUAGAUAACUGGGUGACCUUGCACUCGAGGAAUUCCUUCCAGGGCGAGAGAGUCAUCUAUGCAAGUCUUUGGAAAUAG